AUGACGAUCAAGAUGAAGACAAUAAAGAAGAAGACUCCAUAUCACAUGGGCAGUCGGUGGGGAUGGGAAAUUAUGGAGGACAAAGGCCCACGUGUAGCUGACUACUUUGUGGUGGCUGGUCUCACGGACCCGUCCAAGCCAUUGGACCAGGAGAUCCACUUCAAUGAUGUGUGCCACAAAACAGCCAAGCAGAAAGCUCCCAUUACUGAUGUGACGGUGGUGAUCCGCUCACUGGGAGAGGAGGUGCCUCUGGGGUUUACAUGCAUAGAGACUACACCAAGUGGCCAGUCAGCGGAUCUUAACAACGGCGGCCUCAUGGCACCGCAGAUCUUCUUGUGCUACAGACGAGGCCGUGACAAGCCACCGCUCACAGACCUGGGUGUGCUAUAUGAAUGGAAGGAGCGACUAAAGCAGGGCUGCCACCUUAUCCAGACCACUCCAUCUGGACGUCCAGCUAACAUCAGUGGCAAUUCCUCUCAGCGUGUUUACAUCACAUACCGGCGAGCACCUGAGAGUCAGCCUCACGCCUCACUGGCUGUCACUGAUAUUUGCAUCAUCAUCCCGAGCAAAGGGGAGACGCCCCCGCACACCUUCUGCAAGGUGGAGAAGAACCUCAACAGCAGCAUGGCGGUGAUGCGAGACAGGCAGACCACAGAGGAGGCGCACUGGUUCAGGAUGACGUCAGACGCUUUGCAGAGCGAGCUCCUCAUCUCUUCGGGCAGCCCGGGUUAUGGAACCAUCUUGUUUGAGGUUCCAAGCGGACUGAUCCAAGCGGCCGAUUUUCACACAAGCUUAUUCAGCAGAUACCCUGAGGAAGACUAUGAGUCAUUUCCUCUGCCAGAGUCCGUCCCUCUUUUCUGCCUUCCCAUGGGGGCCACCAUCGAGUGCUGGCCAGCAAACACCAAAUACUCUCUCCCAGUUUUUUCCACCUUUGUCCUCACCGGAGCCUCAGGAGAGAAGGUUUAUGGUGCUGCUAUCCAGUUCUACGAGCCAUACCCACAGGAGUGCCUGACUGAUCAGCAGUCCUCCCAGCUGGGUUUCCCACAACAGCACAACCCAGCCAACAUUACAGCCAGCACCACAGACAGCUCCAGCCACUGUUCACUCUACACCAACAAGUGCAUCUGCUUGCUCUCUCACUGGCCCUUCUUUGAUGCUUUCUGCAAGUUCCUCACAUUCCUCUAUCGUUACUCCAUCUCAGGCCCUCAUGCACUGCCCAUUGAAAAGCACAUCUCUCACUUUAUGCACAAAGUUCCUUUUCCUUCUUCCCAAAGGCCUCGCAUCUUAGUGCAGCUUUCCCCUCAUGACAGCCUGAUGUUGAGCCAACCAGUGAGUUCUCCGUUACCUCUCAGCGGUGGGAGAUUUUCCACACUGCUCCAGAACCUCGGUCCAGAAAACGCCGUGACCUUACUGGUGUUUGCCGUCACUGAACAUAAGAUCCUGAUUCACUCGUUACGCCCAGCGGUGCUGACCAGUGUAGCCGAGGCUUUAGUGUCUAUGAUCUUCCCUUUCCACUGGCCGUGUCCAUACAUCCCCUUGUGCCCCCUGGCUUUGGCUGAUGUGCUGAGUGCCCCAUGUCCAUUCAUUGUCGGUGUGGACUCUCGAUACUUUGAUCUUUACGACCCUCCACCGGAUGUGAGCUGUGUGGACCUGGACACAAACACCAUUUUCCACAAUGAAGACAAACGAGCUCUCACGUGGAAAAUCCUACCAAAGAAAGCCUGUAAAAACCUGAUGAAUGUGUUGAGACAUCUCCACCAGCAGCUGGUUGAUGGUCAGUACCAGCCAGAUGGGUUGCUGGAGCUGAGCAUGAGUAAUGCACCAGAGCUGAGCUGUGGGAAGAGCCUCCACACGCUGGAGCUGGAGAUCCAGGAAGCCUUUCUGCGUUUUAUGGCAGCUAUUUUAAAGGGUUACCGCUCCUUUCUGCGUCCCAUCACUCAAGCACCUUCAGAGAAAGCCACAGAUGCCAGCUCACUCUUUGACCUGCAAGGGUUCUUGAAGAGCCGGGAUCGCUCACACCAGAAGUUUUACUCUUUAAUGACCAAGACCCAGAUGUUCAUCCGCUUCAUUGAGGAGUGCUCGUUUGUCAGUGACAAAGACACCAGCCUGGCCUUUUUCGAUGACUGUGUGGAUAAACUCUAUAGUUCAGAACGAAGUGCAGAAAAAGGAGCCAAAGCGGAUGCUGACAGGACAGAGGAGGCCAGGUUGAUAGAGACUGAUGAAUCCCAGCGCAGUGAGCACACAGUCUUCAUCACCCCUCCAGAGCUGCCUACAUUACUUGAUGGAGAGGAAUAUCCACUAUGUUACAGGUAUGAUGGCUUCCCGGUGUUGAGUCUUGACUUGUUUGACCCUGUGGAGGGCCUGCGGACGCCAUCCUCUCGCCUCGCUGCCAGGCAAAGCUGUCCCACCAGCCCCGCCCCCAUGUUUAGACGCACCAAACAGGAAAUUAAAUCAGCCCAGAAGAUAGCUAAGAAGUACUCGUCUGUCCCUCAGCUAUGGUCCAAGUGCCUGCUCCGUCACUGCUAUGGCCUGUGGUUCAUCUGCCUGCCAGCGUACGUGAAGGUGUGUCACUCCAAAGUACGGGCACUUCGCACCGCCUAUGACGUCCUCAGGAAGAUGCAGGCAAAGAAGUUGCAACCCCCUGAUGAGGUCUGUUAUCGGGUCCUGAUGCAGCUCUGUGGGCAGUACGGCCAACCUGUCCUGGCUGUCAGGGUCCUGUUUGAGAUGAAGAAGGCUGGAGUUCAUCCAAAUGCAAUCACCUAUGGCUACUACAAUAAGGCAGUGUUGGAGAGCACAUGGCCUUCCAGCACCAGAGGAGGAUACUUUCUGUGGAUGAAGCUGAGAAAUGUAAUUUUGGGUGUGGCACAGUUCAAACAGGCUCUACGACAUCAUAGACCCCUCACCCAGAGUCCCCUCUCAGAGGGCAGCGACCUGGACGCAGUGAGUCACAGCAGUAUGGAUAGUUCUGCCGACACUCACCCGGCCGAGCAGGGCCCCUUCGCCUCAGACGCCAUCAAAGUAGACCCCACUGAUGAUAUAUCUAGCACAGGAGAUCAGUCAGAUUUGGGUUAUAACUCCCUGUCCAAAGAGGAGGUUCGGAGAGGUGAACCCACCCCGCAGGGCACAGCCCCCAACAAAGAUGACAAGAAGGAGAGCGACUGCAGCUCCCUGUCGGAGACAGAAAGUGCAAAGGGAAGUAAAGACUGCCUCCCUCAGUUGGACUCAGACAUGAAUUCCUCCUUCAAACCCCGAGAAAUAGUUCGCAGCAGUUAUCCAUACGAAGAUUCAUCUUGCAAACCCAAGAGCUCUGCUAGCGCAGGCCAUGUGGCAGGUCUCCUCUUCACCUCCUCUCUGGAUGAGAUCGGUGACAUUCACUGCAACUCUUUGAUCAAAAGACAUAGGAGUGUUCUGGAGGAGGUGGUGGGCAGCACCGGCAGCAGCUCUGCUCUAGACCGGCAGUUUGUGAGGGGUCGUCGCUUGAGUGGGGACACUGCAGGCAGUGGAGGCAUCACUGUCCUCGGUCUGGGGAUGAGUCAGGCUGAAACUGACCCAGAAAAGAUUGCAGGGCACUUGGGUGCAGAUGCCAAAAUUCUUUCUAGUGCUAAUUACAGUAAAAGAUCUCUUUCUCGAGGGCAGGGAGGGUAUGAAGGACUUUCUGUCAAAGCUGGGGGUGCUUUUAGAUAUUGUGAGGAGGAAGAGGAAGGGCAUGUUUCCAGUGAUGAAGACAGGAGUCAUACAGAGACCAUUUUUGAUUUUGAAGACAUAGAAAUAGACAAGCCUGUCGCAGAGAUUAAUUCAUGCAGCAAAACUCACAAGAAACCCAUCGAACGCAGUGCCAGCUAUGGUGGAGUGAGUGCUGUAACGUCCAAUAAAGCUAUCAGGCGCACCGGAAUUGAAACUGGCUACGACCCGCUUUCCCUUCUAGCAGCUGAAAUGCAGGCUGGAAAUCCAGGUUCUGAUCAGUACAUGGAUGAAGAUGAGGCCGGCACGCCAAAAGCUCGCAGGAACCUAGCCAGAGAGAUUGAGGUCUACAUGAACCACUUGGACACGCCGCUGAGCAGCCGCACACCCAGCUCUGACCUGACCUCAGACCCUGCCAGCCCACUCCUCCUCCACCCCUCCUCAGCCUCCGCCCCCCGCAGAUCCAGCCUGCCCCACAGUUCCCCUUUCAGAAUGGCCGAAGUGCCACGCUCCCGCACCUUCCAUCAAACCUCACCUUCCCAGCCCAUCACUCGUCAGCGUCUGAUAUCAUCCCCUUCUUGUCAGAGCUCCAGCACCAGCCCCAGCCUCAGCCCCUUCCAGGAGGAGGUCGACAGCAUCAGUCUGUCAUCACCUUCACCCACCUCCUCCUUCGCCCUGGACAAUCUGCUCACACCAACACUAGACGUCUUUAAGACCAGCAUGUUUUCUGCUGGAAAGGGUGUGGCUGAGAAGGCAAGCCGCUGGUAUUCACGUCUCGCUACGUACACCACACCUACCAAGGACACUCAUAGUGACCAUCUGAGUGUGUCCUCCCUCACUGUUGGAGAUCCAGACUGCUCCUUCCUGCUUGAUGAAGCUGAAUGUACAGAGUCAGAGUGUUCAGUAGUCUUUCCUAAAAAAAAUGGCCUUGUUGGUCCCCCAGAGCCUCGCAGGAGCCCCAAACACAGCUCCAUCCAUAGCAGAGUGGACAGCCUCCCUGCAAGUUGCAGCCUUGGAAAACCCUCAUCUCUUCUUCCUGGGAGUGCACUGUCUCCGCCUGGAUUCCUGCUGCCAGACAAGUCAGAUCUUGGUUCUUCUCACUACACCAGCAACACCAGCAUCUUCAACAACUAUGCCAUGGAGCUGCUGAUCUCCAGCUGCUCUCGGUGUAAAACAUGUGACUGUCUGGUGUACGAUGAGGAGAUCAUGGCUGGCUGGAAGGCUGAUGACUCCAACCUGAACACCACCUGCCCCUUCUGUGGGAACCCUUUCCUGCCCUUCCUCAACGUGGAGAUCCGGGACAUGCGAGGAACUGGAAGGCUUUUCUUGAAGGGCAGCCCAUCGGUGGAUGAAACGAUGACGUCAUCGUACUCCACCUCAACAGGUUUGGACACGGGGACAUCUACUUUGUCCACGCCGUGUCCCCCCACAGCUGUGUUCCCUCCCUCCUCUUUAACAGCUGCACAGGACUGCUCUGGAAGGGCUCAGCCUAUCAAAGCUCAAGGUAUCAACAUCCCCUUAGAGCGACAGCAGGGGGCACUGUUCUCCAGAGCAGCGAUGACCCGCAGUGUCAGCGCCUUCAGUCCUCUGGAGGAAACAUCUGGAUUCAGCCGCUGCCUGCCAACAUCAGGCAGCCUACCCAGCUGUCUGAACGAAGCCACGGACCCGAUGAGUAUGGACUGGAGACUCCACAACCCCGAGCCAGUGACAGUUCCUUAUCUGAGCCCGCUGGUGCUGUGGAAGGAGCUGGAGAGCCUGCUGGAGAACGAGGGGGACAUGGUGAUCAGUGAAGCCGACCUGGUGGACCACCAUCCCAUCAUCUACUGGAACCUGGUCUGGUACUUCAGACGGCUGGAUCUGCCCAGCAACCUGCCGGGUCUCAUCCUCACAUCGGAGCACUGCAACAGAGACACUCAGGUCCCUCGUCACUGGAUGUCAGAGGACAGUAAACACGUGCUGAUCCAGAUCCUGUGGGACAACCUGAAGCUGCACCAGGACCCAGUCCAGCCUCUCUACAUUCUCUGGAACGCAUGCAGACUUAAUUGUACUCUGUUGUUAGAAAACGUGGGUUACCCUCUGGCCCGGCUCGUCCCGGAAGAGGAGAAGCCAUUCAGCGAGGAGCUGCUGCAGAGCGUGGUGAAGAGCAUCCAGAGGAACGACGUCAGUCGGCCAAUGGCUCAGCUGCUGCAGCUCCUGGACAAAACACUCGGCGUCAAAAGGCAAAGGAGUUUGUACCGGGACAUCCUCUUCCUCUCCCUCGUGGCUUUAGGAAAAGAUAACAUUGAUAUCGACGUCUUUGAUCGAGAGUACAAGUUGGCGUACGACCGCCUGUCGCCGCACCUGGUGAAGCUGACCCGCAACUGUGACCGUCCUCCGAGCGCGGGCGUCAUGGAGUGUCGCCGGACGUUUGGAGAGCCUUACCUGUAAAAACACUCACCUUGAUUUCCCUUGAACCCAUCUCAGGAAACUUGC